UCCCAGAUUUCUCCUGGUUUCUCUGAUUUAGAGGAUUGACAAUCUGACCCUGCAGUGGUGCGUAAGAGGGGAAACAGAUCGAAGCAGAGGAAGAUGGUGAAGGUUUCAACGUACUUCGCAAUGUCGCUGGGAGCUUUCUUAUUUUGGCAGUCCAUGGAGAAGGUCCAUGUCUGGAUCGCUCUUCGUCAGGACGAAAAGAAAGAGAGGUUGGAGAAGGAAGCAGAGAUCAGAAGAGUGAGAGAAGAAUUAUUACGGGAGCAGGCCAACCAGAAGGAUUCCCUUGCAUGAAUAUGAUGUGAUUUUGUCGGCAUUUUUUUCCCUGCUCUUUGUUUUUUCAAUGCAAUGUUCUGCUCAAAUACAAUUCGUUGCUCAUAACAACAUCAACUCUAUUCUGGUGGUGGCUGUCCAUCAUUGUCCUUGAGCUUGACACAAGAACCUGUUUCGUAAAAUACUACUUAUCAUGAAAAUAUGACCGCGUGUUGCAUUUCA